AUGCCUCCACUGCGCAAGCGCAAGGCAUGUCUAGAUUUUGUUUCCGGUCGCGGAAACCGCUAUGGAACUGCCGAAACAAACAACCAGAAACCCCCUGCUAUGAUGACAACAGAAAAAGCCGAAGGGGGAGGACUCUGCUACGCCGAGAUGGGUUCAAUGCUUCCGGUAACUGGCGGCAGCUACGCCUACGUUUCGGAGGCUUGCAAGUCACUUGGGAAACUGGGAGAUGUCAUCCGAUUUAUGAUGGCCUGGGGCUACGUAACACUCGCUGACCCGAUGACAGCCACCUUGCACGGACUAACCAUGUCCACCUACCUCCUUGGAGUUAUCUACCCGACGUGCAGCGCCCCCUAUGUCUUGAGAGUGAUAGUGACGCUCAUCUUCACAUGUCUGGCAACUGUCAUCAACUCUUUCUCGGUGAUAGUAUCGUCGAGGGUUCAAGGAGUGCUUUCUACAGUAAAAUGCCUAAUCUUAGUCUCGAUCGUUAUCACAGGAGCCAUCUUUGCUUUCAGAGUGAACCACCUUCAUGACGCUCCAAUGUUCACCCUUGACACAACGGUUUCAAAAAUAGUAGUGGCGUUUUACGCCUGCAAUGUAUCCUACUCGGGCUGGCAGUCUAUCACCGGCAUCGCCGGUGAGAUGACAGACCCCCGUCGCAACAUACCACUGGCUAUGUUUGGCGGGAUUACCUUCGUGACGGUCCUCAGCCUGCUGGUCAACGUUGUCUACUUCGUGAUCCUGGGACCUGCCACUGUCGCCAGCUCCGAAGCCAUCGCCGUCUCCUUCGCAACAGCUACCUGGGGUACCUCGGGAGCCGUCCUCAUUGCGCUAGCCGUGACGAUCAGCACUUUCGGAACCAUGUGCGCCGGAUUCUUUAGCAGCACUAGGUCUAUCCUCACCAUAUCCAGAUAUGGCCAGCUUCCCGCAAUCUUCGGAACCAUCAACGUCCAAUCAUCCGUUCCUCUCACUUCGUUGUUGCUGCGAAGUUUCUUGGCUCAGGUGUACGCCUCCAUCGGCUCCGUCGAUAACCUCGUCCCGAACAUGGUGUUUUUGUUCUGUUUUUUUAACCUCCUCAUAAUUUCGUCAUUUUUUGUGCUUCGAGUGACCAUGAAGAACGCUCCGAGGCCGUACAGAGUGCCAACGAUAUUCCCAGUGUUGUGGUUCGUCUUUCUCUUGUUCUUGUCGGCCAGUCCCAUUGUGCGAUCAGUCGAAAACAUGCAGUACGGUGUAAUGAUUGGCAUGUUUCUUUCAGGAAUGCUUUACUACACGCUUUUCGUUCACUUCAAGCUGUCUCUACCGGGCUCUCAGGUUCUAACAUGCUUUGUUCAAAAGUUGCUAGCGUGCGCUCCUUGUUUUAGUGACCUCGAUGUCUCGGUGAAAAAAAAAAUCAACGGUCGCCAGAAGAAAACUAGAACUGUCAUAGAGGAAAACGAGUAA